AUGGCUGCCUGCCUCAGGGCAGACGGCAGGAGACUUACGGCGGGCAGGACAUCUCGGUGGCAGGAGAGGUGGCAGCGAUCCCAGCAGAUCUUCCCUGAAGGGGCUUCAAGGACUGAAGUUGUGGAUCGCCUCCGGCCCGGGUGGUGUGAUGUGCUACCGGCAGCGGUGGCAGCGGCUGCAGCGGGUGGCUGCGUUGCAGUGGGGUGCAGAGCGCUGCGAUGCCCCAGCUGUGGCAACGGCAGAACUCCGUAUGAAGAGCAGGCUGCGAUGUUGGGGUCUGUAGCCCCCGGGGCGAGAGUCAAAGACCCACUGCAGUUCUCCUUUGCAGAGGUUUUCACAGACCGGGUUGCCCCGUUGCCAUCUUACUGGAAGUCCUCCCAUUUUUCUUUCUUGAUGAAACAUGAUCAGGGGCAAGUUCUGUUGGAUACUGUCUUCAAACAUCUUGAUUUGACUGAGCAAGACUACUUUGGUUUACAGUUGGCUGAUGAUACCACAGAUAACCCAAAACAUGAUCAGGGGCAAGUUCUGUUGGAUACUGUCUUCAAACAUCUUGAUUUGACUGAGCAAGACUACUUUGGUUUACAGUUGGCUGAUGAUACCACAGAUAACCCAAGGUGGCUGGAUCCAAACAAACCAAUAAGGAAGCAGCUAAAGAGAGGAUCCCCUUACAGUUUGAACUUUAGAGUCAAAUUUUUUGUAAGUGAUCCCAACAAGUUACAAGAAGAAUAUACAAGGUACCAGUAUUUUUUGCAAAUUAAACAAGACAUUCUUACUGGAAGAUUGCCUUGUCCUUAUAAUACUGCUGCCCUCUUAGCUUCAUUUGCUGUUCAGUCUGAACUUGGGGACUACAGUCAGUCAGAGAACUUGCCAGACUACCUCUCAGAUUAUUCUUUCAUUCCUAAUCAACCUCAAGAUUUUGAAAAAGAAAUUGCAAAAUUACAUCAGCAACAUAUAGGCUUAUCUCCUGCAGAAGCAGAAUUUAAUUACCUAAACACAGCACGUACCUUAGAACUCUAUGGAGUUGAAUUCCACUAUGCAAGGGAUCAAAGUAACAAUGAAAUUACAAUUGGAGUGAUGUCAGGAGGAAUUCUGAUUUAUAAGAACAGGGUGCGAAUGAAUACCUUUCCAUGGUUGAAGAUUGUAAAAAUUUCUUUUAAGUGCAAACAGUUUUUUAUUCAACUCAGAAAAGAAUUGCAUGAAUCUAGAGAAACAUUAUUGGGAUUUAAUAUGGUGAAUUACAGAGCAUGUAAAAAUUUGUGGAAAGCGUGUGUAGAACAUCACACAUUCUUCCGUUUGGACAGACCACUUCCACCUCAAAAGAAUUUUUUUGCACAUUAUUUUACAUUAGGUUCAAAAUUCCGGUACUGUGGGAGAACUGAAGUCCAGUCAGUUCAGUAUGGCAAAGAAAAGGCAAAUAAAGACAGGGUAUUUGCAAGAUCCCCAAGUAAACCCUUGGCACGGAAAUUAAUGGAUUGGGAAGUAGUAAGCAGAAAUUCAUUAUCUGAUGACAGGUUAGAAACACAGAGCCUUCCAUCACGGUCUCCACCUGGAACUCCUAAUCAUCGAAAUUCUGCAUUCACACAAGAAGGAACCCGGUUACGACCAUCUUCAGUUGGUCAUUUGGUGGACCAUGUGGUUCACACUUCCCCAAGUGAAGUAUUUGUGAAUCAGAGAUCACCAUCAUCAACACAAGCUAAUAGCAUUGUUUUGGAACCAUCACCGUCACAAGAGACCCCUGGAGAAGGACAGCCUCCAGCUUUACCACCCAAACAAUCUAAGAAAAACAGUUGGAACCAAAUUCACUAUUCACAUUCUCAACAAGAUCUGGAAAAUCAUAUUAAUGAAACAUUUGAUGUUCCAUCGUCCCCUGAAAAACCUACUCCUAAUGGUGGUAUUCCACAUGAUAAUCUUGUGCUAAUCAGAAUGAAACCUGAUGAAAAUGGAAGAUUUGGGUUCAAUGUAAAGGGAGGAUAUGACCAGAAGAUGCCUGUGAUUGUGUCCCGAGUAGCACCAGGAACACCUGCUGACCUCUGUGUCCCUCGAUUGAAUGAAGGGGACCAAGUUGUACUGAUCAAUGGUCGGGACAUUGCAGAGCAUACCCAUGAUCAGGUUGUCCUAUUUAUUAAAGCUAGCUGUGAGAGACAUUCUGGGGAACUCAUGCUUCUAGUUCGACCUAAUGCUGUGUAUGAUGUAGUGGAAGAAAAGUUAGAAAAUGAGCCAGACUUUCAGUAUAUUCCUGAGAAAGCCCCACUAGAUAGUAUCCAUCAGGAUGACCAUUCCCUGCGGGAGUCAAUGAUCCAGCUGGCUGAGGGGCUUAUCACUGGAACAGUCCUGACACAAUUUGAUCAACUUUAUCGGAAAAAACCUGGAAUGACAAUGUCUUGUGCCAAAUUACCUCAGAACAUUUCCAAAAAUAGAUACAGAGAUAUUUCGCCUUAUGAUGCUACACGGGUCAUUUUAAAAGGUAAUGAAGACUACAUCAAUGCAAACUACAUAAAUAUGGAAAUUCCUUCUUCCAGCAUUAUAAAUCAGUACAUUGCUUGCCAAGGGCCAUUACCACACACUUGCACAGAUUUCUGGCAGAUGACUUGGGAGCAAGGCUCCUCCAUGGUUGUAAUGUUGACCACACAAGUUGAACGUGGCAGAGUGAAAUGUCACCAAUAUUGGCCAGAACCCACAGGAAGUUCAUCCUAUGGAAGCUACCAAGUUACCUGCCACUCGGAAGAAGGGAACGCGGCCUAUGUCUUCAGGAAGAUGACGCUGUUUAACCAAGAGAAAAAUGAGAGUCGUCAACUCACUCAAAUCCAGUACAUAGCCUGGCCUGACCAUGGAGUCCCUGAUGAUUCAAGUGACUUCCUGGAUUUUGUUUGUCAUGUACGAAAUAAGAGGGCCGGCAGAGAAGAACCUGUUGUUGUUCAUUGCAGUGCUGGAAUCGGAAGAACUGGGGUUCUUAUUACUAUGGAAACAGCCAUGUGUCUCAUUGAAUGCAACCAGCCAGUUUAUCCACUAGACAUUGUAAGAACAAUGAGAGAUCAACGAGCCAUGAUGAUUCAAACACCUAGUCAAUACAGAUUUGUAUGUGAAGCUAUUUUGAAAGUUUAUGAAGAAGGCUUUGUUAAACCUUUAACAACAUCAUCAAAUAAAUAAGAACUCAAAAGGUCUGGGAUAUGUGUUGGAAAACUGCUUUUCCUUAUAUUCACUAUGCCGUAAUACUGCUUGCAGGAAAUGGCAUCUAACAAAAAAAUGAAGAACUCAAAAAAACUUUGAAAACUUCAGCACUGUUGCACUUUAUGUUUAAAAAAGUUACUCUUUCAAAUCUAUAACUCGUGUGUUUGAAGACUGUUUCAUGCUUUGCUCCGAACAAAUAGUGAAUAACUGAGUAUGUUCAGGGUAAUUUAUGAAAUUUUGUGGUGGUGCCAUGCAGUCCCCUUUUGAUAGAAUUGCCACAAACAAGGCUCAUUAUCAUCUCUGUCAUACGCUUGUAUCUUGAAAGCAACAAGAAGGAAACAUCAAGAGUCAGCUCUGGUCUUUUCCAAUGGUUCACGUACUUACUUAUAAUGAUUGCCAGAUUUUAUUUUUUAAAAUUUAGCAAUAUCAUUCUUAAUAUUAGCCAAUACACUGCCUAUGGAUGCAGCACAUUUUUUCCUCCACGCCCCCUCUAGAGACCUGCUGUUCAAAAGAAGAAAGAUGGAAUUCGCUGUUCCCAGGAAAUGCUGCACAUUGUCCAUUUACCAGCAUCUUAUAGAAAGUAUGAAUAUGAAUCUACAGAUUUUCUUGGAUUUAAUAAUGUAACUUAUAUUUAUCAUAAGGUUGGCUUAUUCCAAAUCAUGUGAUUUCAUAUACUUGAUGUAAAGGAAUGCAUGCAUUGUGUCUUAACCCCUUAAGUGCCUUGAGACAUCUUUGUAUGUCUAACGAAAAGGCACUCAUUUGACCCCGCUAGGAGGUUUGUAUGUAUAUUGUACAUUCUUACAUUUAUAUGCAUUUUGAAUAAGUUCACAUUUUAAAAAACAGCUUCUUAUGUUGAGUGUUAUACAGUCAAAGAAGAGUAAGGAAAUUGUAUUUCUUACUCAAUACUUGUGAUUUGCUAUAAGAAGCAAAGAUAGUUUGUGUUCUACUGAGUGCACCUCUGCUGCUAUGGAAUUGUUCAAAGUCUGCACAUUCCUUUACUAAAGGACAGGGGUUACAGUUUAGCAGCUCAACUUUAAAAGACGCUUUAUUCUUCAAAUUUUAUAUUUAUUUUUAUCCCUAACUUUAGAAAUGAUGACUUAACAUGCACAUUGAUGUUAAGCAUAUUAAGACUCCAAAAUUAGAGCAAUUAAUUGUGAUUUAUCCCAUCUAUAGCUAAAAUAUUACUCAACUGGACUCAUUUUAGUUAAUAUCAAGGUUUGUUCACACUGGUCUAUUGAUUGGGAUUCUUCAAAUGAGGAAUGAAACAUUAUGACUUAUUUCUAAAUGUAAUCCCUCAUUAACUUCUUGUCAUCUUUAUGUACAAUUAAAUUAUUCCAUUUUUAUAUGCUUAUUAAACUAUAAGCUUGUUAAUAAGGA